GCCGACGCCCCCGCACAAACACCCAACGUCCCUUGCCGAGGAUGCCCAAAAAUCCUCCCCCUCGGCGUGGCGGAGCCCCGAAGAAGCCAGUCCCGCCCGAAGAAGAUGGCAGCUUCAUCAUCUUCGGCAACGGCAAGGAUAAGAAGGGAAAGGGAAAGGCCACGGCUGGGGAAGCCGAAGAAGGCCCCAAAAGACCAGACACCAGGUCGUUGAUCGGAGGCGCAUCAUGGACCGGCAAACUCCCCGUCAACCUGCUUAAUGAGCACUGCCAAAAGCAGAAGUGGGGGAAGCCAGACUAUCGCAUGCAUCGGGAAGGCGACGCAUACGCCUCGCACGUCGUGCUUUCCAAAACGAACCCCAAGACCCGAGAGACAGUCACUCUCCCCCCCUUCAAGAUCCCUCCCGAGCUCGUCGAUUUCGCCAAGCAGCCUUCAGCCGUCGAGGCCCGCCAUUUUGCUGCGGCUUAUACCCUUUUCCGCGUCGCUAGCGGGAAGAAUCUGCACAUGAUGAUGCCUCCCACAUACAAGGAUCUUUGGAAGGGAGAGUUUACGGCGGUGAAGAAGAGCGACGAGAAGGAUGGGAGGGGCUGGUUGUACGAGGCAGAUCCCUUCCUUGCCUUCCAAGAGCGAGAGAAGGCGAAGGAAUUAGCGGUCAAAGAACGAGAGAAGAAACAGAAAGCGCGGGAGCAAGCGCAGAAAGAUAUUCAACCCGGUAUGCCGGUUCCAGCACCCGGCGGUCAAUAUGGAGCCAACGGAAAUCGCAUGAAGGGGUGGGCAAGGGUCCCGAAGAUCGAGCUUGGGAAGCGGAUGAGGAAGGAUGUCGAACGGUUAAUCCGGCGCGAUGCUAUCUGGAAUCCUCACAACGUUCGAAUGGACCAACAAACUCGAUCGAAGAUCGUGGCCGCGGUGACCAACCUGGGGUUUCGGCAGAGCCAUGUCGAAGAAGCGGCCGGCAUCUGCAAAGACCAGGAAGAGAUGUUGGAAUGGCUUCUCAUCCAUGUGCCCGAGGAUGACCUUCCCGCUUGGAGCCUUCCCGAAGGAUAUGUAGCAGGCGUGAGCAUGGCAAGUUCAAAUCUUAAGAGGGAAGGUGCGAUUAAGCGUCUUGCUGCCGCCGGCUUCGCUGCUGAACUUUGCGAAGAGGCAUAUGAUGGUCAGGCUGGCGACGAAGCAAAGGCAGCUGCCUUCUUGCAGUCUCGUCUGCUUCGGCCUAAUGACGAAGAGAAGGACAUUGCCCAAGAAAUCGCGGACCUCGCCCUUGCCGGUAGGCUAGAUGAGGUAGAUUUGUGGGAUGAAGAGCAGACAUCACUGGAAGCCAUUUACGACAAGCGCUUUGAGAGACCCUCUCCUUUGGUAUGCCGCAUUCGGCUGGACCGUACACCAUCAGGGAAAUCAAUCGUCCUUCAAGCAAGGAAACCUUUCGGCCCUUACCCUUCGGUGCUUCCUAUUAUCACAGUUGACGCCCCUUUGCCUACUUACAUCCGACUAAGUAUUAUAAGGCAAGCCCUCCUUCACGCCGAGACAAAUCUUACUGGAACACCCAUGCUUUUCGAUAUAGUAGACUGGCUAGAGCAAAAUAUUCCUUCCAUUAUCGAACGCCCGGGACGAUUGACAGAUGUAUCAUCUGGUGUAUCCGCAGCAGAUCAUAGCAGCUUUAGGAAACGCCUUCACGAAAUACCCAAGAGCCGCUUUCGAAUGCCCAUCGAGUGGCGGCCAGGAUCAGCGAUGAGUCAGAAGGCACUCUCUCAAUGGCAGGCAAAACAAGGAAGCGCUGCACAGCAAAAGAUGCUGAAGGUUCGGCAAACUCUCCCAGCAUGGCGACUUCGACAUGAAAUUGUGCAAACUGUCAGCCAGUGUCAGGUUUGCAUCAUCUCCGGCGAAACGGGAUCAGGAAAAUCAACACAGUCCGUUCAAUUCAUCCUCGAUGACUUGAUUCAGGGACAGCUUGGCGAGGCCGCAAACAUCAUCUGCACUCAGCCUCGAAGAAUAUCAGCUUUGGGUCUUGCAGAUCGCGUCGCCGAUGAGAGGUGCUCGAGAGUUGGAGAGGAAGUCGGCUAUACCAUCCGUGGGGAGUCAAAACAGAAACCAGGUGUCACCAAGAUCACCUUCGUAACAACUGGUGUCUUAUUAAGGCGGCUACAGACUUCUGGUGGUAACUCUGAUGACGUGGUUGCUGCACUUGAUGAUGUCAGCCAUGUAGUCGUCGAUGAAGUGCACGAGCGCAGCUUAGAUACAGACUUUCUUCUAGUCCUGCUUCGUGAUAUUCUACGCCGACGGACAGAUCUCAAGGUCAUUCUAAUGAGCGCCACGCUUGAUGCCGAUGUCUUCGAGGCAUACUUUAGCGAUGUCGGUCCCGUCGGGCGGAUCGAGAUCGCGGGUAGAACAUAUCCUGUGGAAGAUUUUUACCUCGAUGAUAUUGUUCGCUUCACUGGCUUUGGCGGCAACAGGAACGACGAUUUUGGAGAUGAAGAGGACGACAAGUCGCUUGGCACCGCACUUCGUAGUGUGGGCAUGAAGAUCAAUUACGAUUUGAUCGCAGAGAUGGUUCGAUACCUUGAUGCUGUCCAGCUCGGUUCCGAAGAAGGGGGGAUUUUGAUAUUUCUUCCAGGGACAAUGGAGAUAGAUCGCACGUUGCAGGCACUUCGUCAUUUCCCCAACCUUCACGCUCUUCCACUUCAUGCCUCUCUCCUCCCUGUAGAGCAGAAGCGCGUAUUCCCUCCCGCACCAGCCGGGAAACGGAAGGUCAUUGCCGCAACCAAUGUCGCCGAGACGUCCAUCACAAUCGAAGAUAUUGUUGCUGUCAUCGAUACAGGCCGAGUUAAAGAAACUAGCUUCGACCCUCAAAACAACAUGGUCCGACUUGCAGAGACCUGGGCUUCUAGAGCAGCAUGCAAGCAACGUCGAGGUCGCGCGGGUCGGGUACGCGCUGGACAGUGUUACAAGCUAUACACACGGAAUGCAGAGGCUAAGAUGAUGGAACGCUCAGAUCCUGAAAUCAGAAGAGUACCGCUUGAACAACUUUGCCUGUCUGUAAAAGCAAUGGGUGUUCAAGACGUCUCUGCCUUCCUAGCUGGCGCACUCACCCCUCCUGAGAACACAGCAGUUGAAGGCGCCAUCAAACUCCUCGAUCAAAUCGGGGCCAUUGAUGACAAUGAACUCACCGCCCUUGGAAGACACCUAUCUAUGAUCCCAGCAGAUUUGCGCUGCAGCAAACUCCUCGUCUAUGGCGCGACCUUCGGCUGUUUGGAGGCCGCUCUAACAAUCGCCUCCGUGCUUACAAGCCGAAGCCCCUUCGUCAAUCCCCGUGAGCGGGAUGACGAAACCCGCAAUGAAUACAACCGCAUUCGCGCAUCAUUCUCUCUGAACCAAGGUGACCUCCUCGUCGACCUACGAGCAUUUGAGCAAUGGUCUACAUUGCGAAGCAAAGGUAUACCAACCCGUGAUCUCCGAGCCUGGUGUUCAGAAAACCGUCUUUCGUCCCAGAGCCUAUUUGACAUCGCCUCGAAUCGCUCACAAUAUCUCUCCUCGCUUAAAGAAAUAUCUUUCAUCCCAGCCACCUAUUCCUCUUCUAAUUCCUCCAUCCACGAUAUCUACAACUCCCAUAAUUGUAACGACGCGCUAAUCCGUGCCCUCAUUGCCGGCUCAUUCUCACCUCAAAUCGCUCGUAUCCAACUUCCGGAAAAGAAAUUCGCAGCCGGGAUCGCAGGCGCCGUAGAACUCGAUCCAGAAGCUCGAACGAUCAAAUACUUCAACCAAGAAAACGGCCGUGUCUUUGUGCAUCCUACUUCGACGCUCUUUGACGCACAGACUUUCCCAAGAAACGCCAGCUUCGUCGCAUAUUUUAACAAAAUGGCGACCUCGAAGGUCUUUAUUCGUGAUAUCACACCGUUUAAUUCUUAUUCCUUGCUUAUGUUUGCGGGAGCGAUUGCGGUGGAUACGUUAGGGAGGGGCUUGGUGGUGGAUGAAUGGAUUAGGCUACGAGGCUGGGCAAGAAUUGGUGUUCUAGUUAGUAGGUUGCGGGGUAUGUUGGAUGGGGUGUUGGAGAGGAAGGUUAGGGAGCCAGGGUGGGUGGUUAGUGGACGAGAGGGUGAGGUUGUGAGGGUCGUAAGGGGGUUGGUUGAGAGGGACGGGUUGGAUAACUAGAACACU